AUGGAGAAACAUAGUCAUGAAGUGCUCACUGUAUUGGAGAGAGAGAAGCUCCUCAAAUCCGGUGCUUCUGAUAUAUUGUUCUGCGUCAGUCAAUUGAAGGUGGUUGAAGCUUAUAAUGAGAAGAGGUCUCAAGAGCUAGAGUUAAAGGAGAAGGAGCUGCAGAAUCUGAGCUCAGACAUUGAUAAAAAGGUUAAGGAUUUCGAAAAGGACAAGUCUGAAGCUGGUAACUUGAAGAAACUUGUGGAAGAAUGUACACAAGAACUUAGGUCAAAGAAAACUGAGCUAACGGCGAAGCUGGACUAUUCGAUCAAGAUUCAGAGAGAUAUCGACUUUAAGAAAAAACAGCUGGGAAGCUUUACGGCUGAGGCUGGUAAGGUUCAAGAUCAGAAGAAAGUAAUGGAAGAGGAGACUGAUAGGAAGAAGAAGGACUUGUCCCUGAUUCUUGACCAAACCAAAGAAUCUAGCAAGCAGCUUGCGGCUUUGGAUGAACAAGUGGAGUCUCAGCGUAGACUACUUGAGAAACUGUCACUGGAGCUGGAAUGUGUUGGAGAAUCAAGCAAGGGCUUCAGAUUCGACCUCGAGGUGAAAGAAAAGAGGUUCCAAGCAUUAAACAAUCUGAUAGCGAUCUCUGAUGAACAGCUUGGAUUGAAAUCCAAAGAACUGGUGGAAAUCCAAAGAGAAGUUGAGUUACAUAAACAGCUGAAGAGAAACAUGAUGAAUAUGCUUGUUAAGCGUGGGAAGCAGCCACCGAUCGAUGAUGACACCAGCCAACAAGAUCAUGGAAUCUCAGCUUCUCUUACGCACCAUGAAGUCUGCAGUUUUCUGAGAGCUUUCCCUAAUCCAGCAGAGUAUGUUCUGGAACUAGUACAGGAAGAUAUCAGUGAAGGAUCAGGUUUAUUGCAUGGCUCGUUCGCGGAGAUUUUGGUUCUGCUUUUUGAGGAGCUCGCCAAAAUUCAACGACUGGAGUCACUGGACACGUCUCAACUGCAGCUCAAGGCCGAGAAAGUGGCAACUCUGUGGAAAGGGAAGAUAACUAUUGAAGCUCCCACAUCAUCUCUGGAGGCCUUGGCCUUUCUUCUGUUCAUUGUGGCAUAUAGUAUACAGAAAGUGAUCAUCACUAAAGAAGAAACUGCUCUACUUGCUUCGUCUAUUGCCCAAUACGAACAGGCUCCAACACUCUUUAGCUCUCUUGGUCUCAAGCUUGAGAUCAUCUCAGAGAUUGUUUUAGGUCUUGUUAAGAAACAGCAAUACAUUUCCGCAGUCUGGUUGAUAUGUGUAUUUAAGCUUAAUAAAGACUUUCCAGUCUCACUUCUCUUAAAGAAAGAGAUCAAGAAUUUAAGACGGUCUGCGCUGGGAAUGAGACCAACUGAAUCCUCCCAGCCACAGGCUAAGGAAGAAGAUGGUAGAAGACUGAGAGCUAUACUUGAGCUUGUGGCUGAUUACAAGCUCAAAAUCAAGCUCCCAGGGGACCUCAUCGCUAAGCUAAUGGUUCAAAGAGAAAAAAACUCAAUCCCUCUAGUUCGUUGCUCUGUGGAGCAUGGCACUACUUCCUCAUCAAAUCCCCUAGCUGAUUCUCCUAAUCCAGCAACUCAGCUUUCAAGAAAUGGUUCGACUUUGCCAGUUAUGUCAUCUGAUGUUGAUUCCAUCAAGGAACGUCCUCCGAUCAUCUUCACAUAUCAGAGGAGAGGGAAGUGA